UUGUUUAUGGUUUUUGCGGAGAGCGGGAAUGUUUGUGAAGUGCCAAGGAAAUUAAGAUUUUCAUUCGGAAUUUCUGCAAAACCAGCAAAAAUAUGUGUGCUAAGAUGUGGAGGCAGAUUUCAUGCACGCGACUGCAGUUGCAGCUGAAGGCGACACUCACGGGAGGACAGAGUUUCCGAUGGAAAAUUGUGAAAAACGACGAUAUACCGGAAAACAACGAAUAUCUUGGAGUUAUGGCAAAUAUACUGUGGCUCUUGAGACAGUCAGACUCUCAUCUUCAGUACAAAGUGCUUGGGGAACUGCCAUACACAAACAGACAGAGAAUCAAAGUGGCAGAGCCUCAAAGGGUCCCAGGAGACGGUGAUUUGCUGUAUCCGGGAAAAUACUACGAAGAUCUACUCAUCAUGUACUUUCGUCUUGACAUAAAUUUGGAAGAGUAUUACAGCAAGUGGUGCGAAGCUCAUGAUCACUUCAAGUCCACCGCCGGUCAGUUUCACGGGAUUCGAGUGCUGAAUCAGGAUCCCGUGGAGAAUUUGUUCUCCUUCAUAUGCAGCCAGAACAAUCACAUUUCCCGAAUCUCGUCAAUGGUGGAGAAAUUGUGCACAAAGUACGGCCAGAGAAUCUGCGAAUAUGAGGAGACUGCUUAUCAUGCAUUCCCGAACAUUGAAUCCCUGGCAGAGAAGAAUGUAGAGACUGACUUGAGACAGAAUGGAUUUGGCUAUCGAGCGAAGUAUUUCCAGAAAUCGGCUGGUCAAAUAGUGGAAAAGGGAGGCCUUGAGUGGUUUGCCGAACUGGAGAAGAAGGAAUACAUGGACGCGCGAUCUGAGCUCAUGACUCUGACGGGAAUUGGACCAAAAGUGGCCGAUUGCAUCUGCCUAAUGUCUCUCAGUCAUCUCCAAGCCAUUCCCGUUGACACACAUGUGUACCAAAUCGCCUGCUCUUAUUACCUGAAGAAGCUGCAGAAGAGCAAAUCCGUCACGACCAAGAUUUACCAGGAUAUCGGCGAUGAAUUCAAAAACAUCUACGGACCUCUGGCAGGUUGGGCGCAAACAGUUCUCUUCUGUGCCGACCUGAGACAAUUUAAGGACGGAAAGGCGGUGAAGAGAAAGGCUGAGUAA